CUAGCGACAUAAACUUGUCCCAACCUCCUUAUUCUAUUCUAGUUGAUCUAGUAACCUUGCUUAAUUUUUGAUAUUGACGCCAAUCCGAAUUUUUUGACAGUAUGGUGUAAAUCAUGUUCCGUUUGUUUUCAACGAGUAAUUUAAAUAAGAACUAGGUAAAAGGUGACAGUAUUAAAAUUUAUUCGUUAAGAACUUUGAAAUUAAUUCAAUAAUGUCAUUUUGAAAAACUAUGUUACUUCAAUUUUUUGAGAAAUGAUUAAACCAAGCAAAGAAAAUAUGGAUCAUGACAUAAUCAAAAUAAACAACUCGUUUAACUAACAACUUCAAACUAAGAUAAAAAAUUUAGUGUUAUUCAGGAAGAGCUGCAAUAAUAAUGAAGUUCUAUAGUCAUUGGGAGCUUUAUGUUCGAUAGAAUUAAUUACUGAAAAUUGUUGACUCAAUUUCAAAUAAUGGAAAACUUUAGAUUUAAACUUCUUGACUUCUUAAAUAAACAGCAUCAACUACAAAUUCCGUCGAUGGGCCUUAAUCCUGAUCUCUUGAAUCCAUUAGAAUCUUGUCGACAUGAUAACAUUCAGUUUAAAGUUAGCCAUGACAUAGAGAACGAAGCGAUAUCCGACGAACAAAUACUUGAAACCAUUGAAUCAGUUUAUUAUCAAAUAGAUGAUGCAUUUGAUCCGUGUCGACAUGAACUUAAUAAAAUAUCACAUCAUCCUAGUUGUUACCAAAUUGAAAAAUUUAAUCAACAAUUCAACCAGCAGCAAUAUGUAGUUUCUAAAAAAGUAUUGCAAUUAAUCCUCCAAAAACAGAAUGCAUGCAAUCAACAGUUUCACGAAGCUCUCGACAUACAAAAUGAAUUGCAAAGUCUUAUCAAAAUAUGUAAAAGCGGAAGAUCAAGUCUUCAUUCGGCUACUGUUAAAUUUACAAUAGCAAGUCUUGGUAUUCUUGCUAAUUAUAAAAGACGCCAAACUAUUGAGAAACUUAUGAGUAGCCUUAACUCGAUAAAAACGCUGCAACGUACGGAAGACCAUCUUCAAGAACUUCUGACUGAAGGAAAUUUUCCAGGUGCUAUAUCUCUUUUGCUAGAAUGUCGAAGUGUAGCACAAACAUAUAAACAUUUUUUUUGCAUUGCCGCUUUAAGUAGAAAACUUCAAGAUACAUUAGAACAAGUUGAAGAAACACUAGAUUUUAACUUAACUAAAAUUUGCGGAAAUUUUGAUGAAAAAAUGUAUUCUUCAAUUCAAGAAGCUUAUCAGUUACUAGGUAAAACUCAAAUUGCGAUAGAUCAGCUACAUAUGCAUUUUACUGUAACAAUUCAUAAUACUGCUUUUGAUGUUGUCCACUCUUAUGUUGGUGGGGAUAUUAAAAGACAAUUCAAAGAAAUGUGUGAAUCAAUAUCACAUGAAAACUUCAUUAAUUGUUUAAUUGAUUUAAGUAAAACUUUAUGGAGGAUUAUUCAUUCAUAUUAUCAAGUAUUUAAUUGGCAUGUUACUUGUGCUGAGUACACUAUAAAAAACGAUGAAAAAAUACUAAAAAAUGAUCUUGGAAAACAAUAUGUUCAACAUAAAUUAGAAACAGGUAUUAUAAAAAUAUGGAUGGAUAUUGAGAUUAAAAUUUCAACGUUUUUAGUUAGUACUGACAUCACUUGUUUCAAGUUUGAACAAUUCGUUCGAAUUCUCGGUAUCAUUAACAGAUUAAUGGAAGCUAGCGAAGAAUUAUGUGGUAAAAAAUUAGAAAUUCUUCAAGAAUCGAUGAAAAAACAAUGUUUAUUAUAUUUUUCUCAUUACCAUGCUUCACGGUUAGAUGAAUUAUGUAUAUUUCUUGAGCACGAUGGGUGGGAGCUAUGUCCAGUUAAGUCAACAUUUGUAGCUACUCAAUUACAAGAGUUUAAAAGUUUAAAAUCAGUCUUGGAUAACUGUGAACUUUUAAGUAACACAGAUAGAUUACAUUUCAACGACCACGAUAAUUUCAGAAGUGAUGCCGGAAGCUGCCGAAAAUACUUGGAAAGUGAUAUAACAUUUUUCGACGUUGAUUUCGAUGAAACGAAAGAUGAAGAUAUUUUAGUCAAUGUUGAUGAUAAGGCAUUUGAAUACAUUUCUGAAGACUCUGAAGACGAAGUAAAUCAUGAUGUUAAAAACAAUUCAACUAUUGAAAAAUUUCACAUAAAAAAUUCAAAAAGAAGAUUGAAAUCAAUCUUAGUUGCUCCUAUGGUAACUAAUACCACUCUCAAUGUUCUGAGAGUUUGUGGAAGAUAUUUACAAAUGUCCAGAUUAUUAUCAACUAUAGCUGUCACUGUUAUUCGAAGUAUGAUUCAGUUUUUCGAAUUAUAUCUGUAUUGUAUUAAUUUAUUUUUUACAUCAGAUUUACAAAUUACCAGUGAAUCAUUAUACAGUCCCAAGCUUAAGUUGACACUUACGCGUAUUGAAGAAAACUUGAUAAAUAAUAAUACGACAAACAUUGAAAGUGAAAAAAUAAAACUUCGUAAACUGAACUUGUCAACGGUUGUUGAUCUUCAAAACGAUGAUAAACUUUUUGGUCUCGCUGAGCGAGUCGUUGGAGUUGAAUCACUGAUAUUCUUAGGCCAACAAUAUAAUAAUUUACAAGCUUUUUUGAUGCAAUUUGUUUCUGACAAUUCCGAGCGAGGGUUUCUCAGUCAAUUUUAUGUUCAAACAGUUGAGUCUGCUGUCGAUUUGCGAAAACCAGUGUAUAUGGCUGUUGUCUCUAAAUGCUUUGAUGUAACGAAUAUUUUAUCACUUAUGAACAAAGUUAACUGGGAAAUUCGAGAUGUUAUGUCACAGCAUAGCAAUUAUAUUGAUAUACUAUUGCAAAAAAUUGAAAAUUUUGCUAAAUCUCUUGACGAAGUCAUGUAUAUAGUACCGUUAUCAAUAGACGUAAGAUGUGCAAUAUGGGAAAAUGUUGCACAUUUAAUUACACAUACAUUAGUAGAAGGGUUUUCUAAUGCAAAAAAAUGCUCAAACGGAGGAAGAGGAUUGAUGCAACUUGAUUUUACUCAAUUAAAAUCAAAAUUUGAAAUGAUAACUGGAGUUAGACCAAUGCCUCACAGUGAGUAUGUUGAGACUUACGUCAAAGCAUACUAUAUUCCUGAAAACUUACUUCAUGAUUGGAUCAGAAAACAUAAGGAAUAUUCCAAUAAACAACUUACUGGUUUAAUUUCCUGUAUGUGCCAAAAUAAUAAGAAGUCACGGCAAAAGUUCAUAAUGAUUAUAGAAGAACAAUCUAAUCGAUGAUAUUCAAUUCGAUCUAUUGCAGUUAUAAUAAUCUCUUAAUUGGAGAGUUCUUUUUUGUUUGAGUUAUUGUUUUAUUUUUACCAAUUAGACGCGUUGUUUAUAUAAACAAUUUUAAAAAUCGAACUCCAAUUAUAUGAAUUCUUUUAAACAACA